AUGGGAAUAAAACUUUCAUCACCAGAUCUUGACCAACAAAAUGCUGGAGAUUCUCUAUCAAAUGGAAUUGAAAGUCUGAUUCGAAUAGAAGUAGAUUCGUCUUCGUUUACUUUAAAUAAUUCGAAUUCAAAUCUUGCAAAUUUACAACAACAGAACGGAAGGGAAGGAUUAAAACCUGCCAAACAUCAAAGAAGCCAGUCAGUUGGCAGAUUUAUUUUGACAUCCAUGAUAACAUCAAAUAAUACUUCGGAUGUCAAAACAGAAGAUCCUGUUUUUGAUGCUUUGAAAAAUACAAAAUCUUCCGAAGUGUCGAAAGUGCCAACACUCAAUCUAACAAAUGUCGAACAACUGUCAGUCAUCAAUUCUGACAGGAAGAGUAAAUCUUUAUCAACUUCAUUAUUAAAUAUUGGAAGUUCAAGUUCUGCAAUGAAAACUCCAAGAGCUACCCAGUUCAAUAUUUAUUCAAAAUUGAUUAGUGGCAUUUCACAUCAAGAACAUUUGAAAAGAUUACAAGAUUGUAAAUUAGUUCUCAUUCUUGGAGGUGUAGAUAGCGGUAAAAAUUUAAUUCAACAAUUUCAAAAUAUGAUUCAUCCAGAGUCAGUUUCUCCAAGAAUUAAUUAUUUAUCGAAUAGUUCAAUGAAUACGAAUGUGAAUUCUACGAAUGGAAAGACAUCACCGAAUGGAAACCAAUCUCCUUCGAAUAUUUUCUCAUUAAAUCCUCAAACAAGCCAAAAUUCGAAUAAUGGAAGUUCUUCAAUGACAGUUAAUUCAUCAGAUAACAACUCAGUUUCAUCAUCUCAACAAAUUCUAAGACGAUUAUGGAAGCAGAAGGAAUUUUUCAAAGUGAUGGAUCAAUUGUGGAAACAUCCUUUCGUCCAAAAAUCGUAUAGAGAGAGAAAUUCGAGGAAAACUCCAAUUCCACUAUUGGGAGAGAAUAUUGAAUACUUUUUAAAUGAUGGCAGAGUUGAAAAAUUGAAGAAAAUUACCGAGUUGACCAAACAAGAUAUUGUGAGGGCUAAAAUUCUAUCUUUGGAAAGUAUGCCAGUGAAGGAUAUUACAAAACCAACUUUGGAAAAUAGAGAAUUGGUGACUAGAAAGCUAUUGUUAUUGGAAACUUUUGGAUGGAAAGAAAAACGAGCUCUCUAUCUUCCAUAUUUGGAAAAACAAAAUUUGAAAUGUAUUAUAUUCACAGUUUCACUUUCGGAUAUUGACAUGUUAAGUUUUGAAGAUUUAAUUUCACCUUCCAAAUCAGAAACCAAACCAGGUAAUAGAUUGCUAGAUAGUUUAACCUAUUUCGAACAAGUGUUUUCCAAGAAGGAACUUGGCGAAUCAUCUAUUCGAAAGAUUGUUCUCUUCACAAAGGUCGAUUCCUUCAUUCGAAAGGUUUCCAAAGGUGAAGCAUCCAAUGCACUUUCUCAAUACUUUUCAGAUUUCAAUGGAAAUCGUAAAAACCCAAAACAAGUUUUCAAUUACAUCCUCGAACGAUUCAAACAAAUCCAAAAUCGAUACUCAAUCAGCUAUCAUUCACAUUACUAUGGAGAAAGUGAAGCAGAAUACGAAUCUUCAAUCACUUUCCAUGCCAUUAAUACUUUGGAUGAAUUUGAUGUCAAUCAGGUAAUGAAUUCAAUGUUAUUUAAUGUGAGAGAAUCAUUUGUGAAUUGGAAUUUGGAUAAAAAGUUUGAAAAUUUGAUGGGGAGGAGAUUACUUUACAAAUUGGAGAAUAAUCAUUUCACGGAUGUCAACAUUUUGACUAGUUCACAAUAUUCAGAUUUGGAUUAUAUCUAAAUUUGUUAAAAUUUCAAACAAUUUUUGAACCCAAAUUGAAACUUCCCAAAUGCUAAACCUCAAAAAUCCUCAAAUACAACCUCCAAUCCACCUGUGUCCAUUCCAUAUCCAUCCAAAAUCCUUCAUGAUUUAUUUUGGAAUCUUUACAAUUUUAAAAAUCCAUAAAAAAGUGUAAAAAUUCAACAG